AUGCCGGCCGAGAGAGCGCCCAUCCCGUCCAACUGGACCGAGUACGAAAGAGGUGGACGUCGCGGCUCAUCAGAGACUCUGGAGAGCCAUGUACAGUGGGGUGCAGACGUUCACGAUGCCCCUGAACAUGCUGCUGGCUCGCCAGAUGGUCACCAUACCCAGGGACUGCGACAUAGAAGGUCGUCAAUGUCGAUGAAGAUCAACACCCUGCGCCAGGCUGGUGGCGUCAACAGUAUCGACAACUUUGCAAGAUCAUGGCAGCGUGCUGCUGGCUUCUAUGAAAUCGCACCCGUCAGACCCUCAUUCCGCGUAUCCGAGACGGACGAAGAGAGUGAAAGAGAUGGCACAGAGUACGACAGACAGGACAUCGCGUCAUCCUUCGGGGAGCAACGAGGACUGCUGAGACAGGCGCUGUCAGAUGGGCGCAAGCUAUCCGACAAUGCCAUCUCGGACGCCGGAGAGCCUUCUGAGGCGGGCACCAUCCGUGGUCGCAUCCAGCAGGGCGAUGACAGCAUCUUUCAGAUCGAGCCUCAAUUGAACACUCCCUUCAGUGGCAGCUAUGGAACAAACUACGGAAGUCUUGCUUCAAGGGUCAACGAGUCGUCGAUGCGCCAUGCGGGUCGCCUUUUCCAGAAGCAGCAAAUGUCUGGUGUCAACGAUCCGGACAAGGAGCGCGAGCCUCUGCUUGUCAAGCAGGUCGAGGAAGAUGACGGCAAGAUUGUGAACGUCGUAGUCGGUCAGUCGACGCUUCCUCAGACCAUCUUCAACUCGGUCAACGUUCUGAUCGGUGUUGGUCUCCUUGCAUUGCCUCUGGCUCUGAAAUACUCUGGUUGGGUCUUUGGUUUGAUUUUCUUUGCCUUCGCUGCCGCCUCGACUCACUACACUGCAAAGCUCCUGGCCAAGUGUUUGGACGUCGACCACUCGCUCAUCACUUUCGCCGAUCUCGCCUACGUCUCGUUUGGCUCAAAGGCCCGUCUUGCAACCAGUCUUCUUUUCAGUCUGGAAUUGAUCGCCAGUUGUGUCGCCCUUGUCGUUCUCUUCGCCGACAGUCUCAAUGCCCUGAUUCCUGGUUGGGGCUCCACGGAAUGGAAGAUCGUCCUUGGCUUCAUCAUGAUCCCUCUCUCUUUCUUGCCCUUGAGAUUGCUGAGCUUCACCAGCAUUCUUGGUAUUCUCUCAUGUUUCAGCAUCGUACUUUGCGUGGUUAUCGACGGAUUCAUCAAGCCUAACACUCCUGGUUCUCUGCGCGAGCCUGCAAAGACCUACCUCUUCCCUGAAAACUGGGCAACGCUUCCCUUGAGCUUGGGUCUUCUCAUGUCACCUUGGGGAGGCCACAGCGUGUUUCCCAACAUCUACCGCGAUAUGAGACACCCCUACAAGUACACCCGCGGUUUGAACAUCACCUAUGCCUUCACCGCUACCCUUGAUUUCUUCAUGGCUGUCGUCGGUCUUCUCAUGUUUGGUGACGCCGUCAAAGACGAAAUCACGAGCAAUAUCCUCGCUGAGGAUGGAUACCCUCAGUGGUUGUCUGUCAUCAUCGUCAUUUCCGUGGCUAUGAUCCCCCUGGCUAAGAUUCCUUUGAAUGCACGUCCCAUUGUCAGUACAUUGGAGAUCCUCCUGGGACUGGAUGCCCGCGCGGUCAGCAACUCUGCCUCGCUCCAUGGAAUGUCUGGCCUCAAUCGUGGUAUCCUCAAAGCCACGAUCCGCGUUCUUUGCAUCGUUCUUUUCGUGGUCCUGGGUAUCCUCGUUCCUGAGUUUGAUCGCAUCAUGAGUUUGAUGGGCUCUGUCGCCUGCUUCACAAUCUGCAUCAUCCUCCCUCUCGCUUUCCAUCUCAAGAUCUUUGGCGAGUCGAUUCCUCGUGGUGAGAAGAUUAUGAAUUGGGUGCUGAUCGUCAUCUCGACCAUUCUUGCAAUCGUCGGUACAGCGUUCACUUUCAUUCCCAAAUCGGUUUUGGGUAUUGAUGAAUGA